AGCAAGGGCGGCAGUCCCCCGAGUUUCGCCGCGCCGCCACCUAUCUCUGUCUCUCCCCAUUCUCUUCUUUCUUUUCCCCUUCCCCAUCCGACGAGCGCCGCCGCAAGGGCCGAAGCCCACCGGCCACGCCCACGUAUUUUCCACCGGCCGUGGAGCAGCGCACACGGCCGGGGGGCGCAGGCGCACAGGAGGACCACGGACGGCGCGCGGCGGAGCAAGACGCCGCCGACGGUCGGCAAGCCGCGAGUACCGGACUGGAGGAGUCCACAGGUUGAUAUCUGAGAGCAAGUUUGCAUGGCAUCUUCUGAAACCAGCGCCGCACCGGCAGCACGGAGCUCAGAUGUGGCUGGACAUUCAACUCCAGAUGCCACACCGGACACUAGUGCUGAAGAAGCAUCACAAGGUGCCACUGAUGGGUCUGUCAGAGUUGGCAAUAAGAGAAGAAAGCUUCCAUCAUUCAUAUGGAGCGAUUUCGAGAAACUGUUUGUCGAUGGGGAAUGGAAAGCCGAGUGCAUCUAUUGUGCCGAAAUUCUUCCUGCAGAAGCUGCAGGUGGCACGUCACACCUGGAGGACCACCUGAUGUCGUGUGCUGAUUGGCAUGCACUGGCAGCCCCACAGGAAUCAAGGUUGUCAAAGGCUUUUGACGGCGGGGAAGCCGAUUGGGAGGAUGUUCUGUUUGAUCAAGAGGUUGCCAGGAAACAUCUUGCGAUGAUGAUCUGUGCUCAUGAUUACCCUCUGUCUAUCGUCAAUCAUGCGGGUUUUCGGAAACUGUGUUACGCAUUACAACCAAUGUUUCAGAUGGUAUCAAGAAAUGACAUUAGAAAAGAUAUUUUGGGUAUGCAUGCGGCCGAGAAGGAUAAGAUGGUGAAGUAUUUUGCAGACUUUAAAGGUCGAGUCGCCAUCAGUACAGACAUGUGGACUGCAGAACAUCAGAAGAGAGGUUACAUGGUAGUCACUGCACAUUUCCUUGAUGAAUCUUGGCAACUCAAGAGUUUUAUGUUGAGGUUUGUUUAUGUGCCUUGCCCACAUAAUGCUGCAGUCAUAUGUCAAGCACUGCAUGAGUCCCUUGUUGAGUGGCAUCUCGAGAGAAAGAUAUUGACGGUGACUCUGGACAAUUGUAUACCAAGUGAUGAAGCUAUGGAACAUUUGCCAGAUAAGUUGGAUCUGAAAUCUCUUCUAUUGGAGGGUAAAUAUCUGCAUAUGCGCUGUGGUGCACAUAUGCUUAAUCUGAUUGUGAAAGAUGGCAUGGAUCUCAUGGAGAAGAGUAUAGAACGGGUUCGUGAUAGUGUUGCAUAUUGGUCAGCUACUCCUGGGAGACAUGAUAAAUUUGAAAAAAUGGCACAGACUCUGAACAUUGAAUACAAGGAAAGGUUGUUUCUUGAUUGUAAAACCAGAUGGAAUUCAACAUACAGAAUGCUAACUAUUGCAUUAGAAUACAUUGAGAUUUUUGAAACACUACUGGCGCAGUGGUGAAGUCCUCCCCACUUGUGCCAAGAGGUCCUGGGUUCGAACCAGCCUCUCUGCAUUGCACUUUGCAGGGGUAAGACUAGGUUCCUAUAAUCCCUCCCCAGACCCCACCUUGUGUGGGAGCUUCUAUGCACUGGGUCUGUCCUUUCCUUUAAAGGAACGCGAGAAAUCAUUUAGUUGUUGUCCAACCAAAGAUGAUUGGAAGUUUGCCAAGGAACUUUGUGUUAGGCUUAAAAUUUACUAUGAUGUCAGCGAGUCAUUUCCAGGCACUAAAUAUGUUACUGCAAAUAUGUUCUUUCGUAAAAUAUGUUGCAUUCAGUUGGCAAUACGGAGAUGGGCUGCUAGUGACAGUGAGCUUGUGCAAACUAUGUCUGAGGAAAUGAAGCGGAAAUUUGACAAAUAUUGGAAAGAUGUACUUGAUCUUAUGUCUGUCGCAACUGUUCUUGAUCCAAGGUACAAGCUUCAUAUGUUGCAAGCUAUUUUUGGUUCUCUCUAUGGAACGGAACAUGCAGCUGUGGAAGUUGCCAAAAUAAGGAAGUUAAUGACUGAUUUGCUGAAACAAUAUCAAGAAGCUGAUGGGUUUGUGGCUACAUCAGAGGCUGUUAGCAGUGCUGCUUCAGGAGCUGGUGGAGAAGAUGACAUUAUGGACAUAUUUGAUCGAUAUAUGUCCUCACGGCCUACUAUCGGUGCUUCUCCAGUGCAGACAGAAUUGGACUUGUACUUGGAAGAGCAAAUUAUCCGUAGAAUGCCAGACGAAGACAUCAUGACUUGGUGGAAGUAUGGGGGUGCAAAGUAUCCUACUUUGCAAAGAAUUGCUCGUGAUAUAUUGCCUAUCCCUGCGUCAGCUGUGAUAUCAGAAUCAGCCUUUAAUACGAAGGGCAGACUGCUUAGUCCACAUCGUGGCCAACUCGCGCCAAGCAUGGUAGAAGCUAUUAUGUGUAUGAAGGCUUGGUCCCGUGCUGACAUGAUUGGGGACGGCAAUUCGACCCUCUGUGCAGUGUUUCAGAGUGUUCUUGAUGAUGAAGAAGAAAUGAUGGAUGACUCUGAAUCUAUGGUAACCGAAGACUAGUCUGCCAAGAGGCGAAGAACCGAAGAUGAUGCCUAGAAGCUACUGUCGUCCUUUUAUUUAUAAAUGAGAAUUGCGAUGCACUUUUGUUUGUCUCGCGGCUGUACUUGUGCUUAUUUGAUGGCGUGCGAUGUCAUUUUGUGAGAAGCCGAGACUGAGAA